GCCAUCUUCCCCCUUAGAGAGUUCUAUUGUGUUUCUUGUACAUCUGAGCUUUUGCUAUAUUUUCCUUAGCUUCUUUCUCUGUUCUUUUCAUAUCCUUUUGCUGGGUUUCUUUGCCCUUCUAUGGUGGGUUUUGGUUGCUAAACUUUGAAUUCUGGAGUCUAUAACAAAAACUCAUAGUUUAAAAACCUUUUUUUUGGGGGUAAGAUUUGCUGUUGUUGAUGACAUUUUCCUUGCCAAUAAAAGUUUUUCUUUUUCUUGUUUCUUUCUUCCAGUAAAUCUUGAUGCUGCACAAGUUUGGUUGUUGAUGUUCGAGAUUCAUGUCUCCGGUUGUCAGUGAAAUCCUCCGAUCAGGGUUUAUGAUAAACUCCUCCCUCAGACGCAGGACCCAUCUCGUUCAAUCUUUCUCUGUUGUUUUCCUCUACUGGUUCUAUGUUUUCUCGGAAAUAAUUCUCUCGCUUUCUAGUUUAGCUUUAAAAAAAACUUAAUCAGCAUUAGGGUCCUAUAUCGUCUUCUUCGAGGUUAGAUUUAUCCAGAAUAAAUAGAAUAAAUCCACAUGGCUUCCUCCUGUGGAAAAUCCAUCACCAAUUCUUCAGCUUCAUCUCCGCAGCAGCAGAAUUCAGGGUCCGAUCACCAAAGAAAACGGAGGAGAAUGGAAUCGAACCGGGAAUCAGCGAGGAGAUCGAGGGUGAGAAAACAAAAGCACUUGGAUGAUUUAGUGGCUCAAAUAACAGAGCUGAAAAGUGAUAAUAACCAAAUCCAGAGCAGCAUCGGCUUCACCACCCAGCACUACAUGAACAUGGAGGCCCAGAACUCGGUCUUGAGGGCUCAGAUGAUGGAACUGAGUCAAAGACUCGAGUCGCUAAACGAGAUCCUCGACCGUAUCAACAGCCCCACUGCAUGCAAUGGGGUAUAUGAAGCAGAGGCCAUUGAAUUCAACCCUUUCAGUUUGCCUUGCCUUAACCAACAAGGAUGCUUUUACUAUGGUUAAGAAUUACUACUUAUAUUAUAUUAUUAUCAAUAAUUAGUUGCCAUUUAC